AUGGAGGCUGGACCCGUCCGCCAGCCGCUCGACGUCCCGUCGCUGGAGGCGUAUGUCCACCGCGCCGUGCCGGCGAUCCAGACGCCCCUGCAGGUGCACCAGUUCCCCCGGGGCCAGUCCAACCCCACGUACCAGCUCACGGCCGCCGACGGGGCGCGGUACGUGCUGCGGAAGAAGCCCCCCGGCCGCCUGCCCGCCCCGGCCGCGCAUCCCAUCGAGCGCGAGUACCGCAUCCUCGACGCCCUGCGCCGCCACGGCGCGGUGCCGGUGCCCCGGGUGUACAGCCUCUGCGAGGAUGCCCGCGUCCUCCAGACCCCGUUCUACAUCAUGGAGUUCCUGGACGGGCGCAUCUUCGCGGAUGGCCGCAUGCCGGGGGUGAGCCCCCACCACCGGGCCGCCCUUUUGCUGACGGACGGACCCCGAUCAAGGUGGCAGGACGCCAUCAGGACGCUGGCCACCAUCCACCGGCUGGACGUGCAGGCGCUGGGGCUCGAGACACUGGGCCAGCCGGCCGCCUUCUACCGGCGCCAGGGAUCGACCCUGACCCGCAUCGCCCGGCAGCAAGCCCAUCCCCCCCGGGCCCCCCUGCCCCAUCUGGCCGCGAUGCACCGCUUCUUCGCCUGCGCCGCGAGCCAGCCCCGGGAUCGCAGCACCCUGGUGCACGGUGACUACAAGAUCGAGAAUCUCAUCUUCCACCCGACCGAGCCGCGCGUCCUGGGGGUGAUCGACUGGGAGUUCUGCACGCGCGGCCACCCGCUGGCGGACUUUUGCACCCUGACGCACGGCCACCCCCCCUCCCUCUCCCCCGCCCGGACGGACUGUACGGCCUGGUAUGCCGACCUGGCCGGCUGGGACCCGACCGGCGACCUGGCCUGGGGGGACGCCUUCGUCCUGUUCCGGACGGCCGUGCUGACGCAGACCGUGCAGGCCCGGGAGGCCGGAACGAGCCGAGCCCAGGACCCCCUCCCGCUGGCUCGCGCGGCCUGGGCCCGCGUGCAAGGGCUGAGUCGACUGUGA